GGCUGCUGCUCUUCAAGUCUGUUUUCUGCCUUCAUUUCUGACAUCAUACUGAACUUUUAAGGGAUUUUUUUUUUGAUCGGAUGUUUACUUCCCUAAAAACCGACUGACUUAUAGCUGAAACUUUCCUUCACCGUGAAACACAAACCAUGAAACUCCUGCUGCCCUGUUUCCUCCUCUCUGUCGGGCUGGCCACCGGCCUACGCAGCCCCCUGAAUGACUUCCAGCGCUCGGAGGGCAGAGAGCUGGUUCCCACCUCCUGGAACUCUGCUCGAGUGUCGACGAUAGCGGCUCUGAACCUGGAGGACUGCGCCACGCGCUGCUCGCUGUCUCUGGACUGCAGAGCGUUCAACUACGAGACGCGUCCCACCGUCUCCUGUAAACACCUGCCCUGGGUGGGCGACGGCAGCAACGCCGAGGUGAAGAGGAACGUGAACUGUGACCUCUACGAGAAGAAAGUCUAUGUCAGGAAGUGCAUUGUGGGUAAAGGAGAGGACUACCGAGGGAAAGUCUUCACCACAAGCAGCAAGCUCACCUGCCAGCAGUGGUGGUCCAAGUUCCCUCAUGACCACAGGUGGACUCCCUUAGCGACUAACGGUCUGGAGCUGAACUACUGCAGGAAUCCAGACGGGGACCGGAUCGGUCCGUGGUGCUACACCACCGACCCCGAGCGCCGCUAUGAGAGCUGCAGCAUCCCCCAGUGCAAAGAUGACGUCUGUAUCAGCUGUAAUGGCGAGGACUACAGAGGGCAGGUGGACCACACCGUGAGUGGGAAAGAGUGUCAGCGAUGGGACCAGCAGUAUCCUCACCAGCACAUCUACCAGCCAGAGAAGUAUCCUGAUAAGAGUUUAGAUGACAACUACUGCCGUAACCCCGACGCCUCCCCGGUGCCCUGGUGCUACACCACCGACAGCCUGGUGGAGAGGGAGAACUGUGACAUCACCAAGUGCCGUCAUAACUGCUCUGAUCAUGUCAGGAGUUCUGUUCAGAGGGAUUCAGAUAUGAACCUCACCUGUGACAUUAACCCUUUAUCAGCUGGGGAGCGGGUGGAAAAACGCCAGCGCUCCAGCUUCACCACCAACUGUUUCCGCGGCCGUGGCGAGGAUUACCGCGGUAAAGUCAACGAGACCACGUCAGGGAUCCCCUGCCAGCGCUGGGACGCCCAGCAGCCUCACGAGCAUCCCUUCUUCCCUAAAACAUACGAAUGCAAAGGUUUGGAGGAGAACUACUGCCGUAACCCGGACGGGUCGGAGGCUCCCUGGUGCUUCACGUCGGUGGCGGAGAUGAGGACGGCGCUCUGCUUACAGAUCAAACGCUGCGCAGACGACAUCGAGGCUGAAGAUUGCUACCACGAAAAUGGAAAAAACUACAGGGGCAUGGUCCGCAAAACCCGCAAGGGGAUCACCUGCCAGAAAUGGAACGUCAACACACCUCACCGGACCAAGAUAAACCCAAGGACACAUCCUGAGGCCAACCUGACGGAGAACUACUGUCGUAACCCAGACGGGGACCACCACGGGCCCUGGUGUUACACCACUGACCCCAAAACUGAGUUUGACUACUGCGCCAUCAAACAGUGUGCGGGAGAGAAACCGAUGUUGACUGACCCAGUCGAGAAAGUGGAGUUCACUGAGUGCGGGAAGAGAGACGACCGCGUCCAGAGGUCGUGGUUACGUAUCGUGAACGGCGUCCCGGGGAACUCGCCGUGGACGGUGAGCCUCAGAGACAGGAAAGGAAACCAUUUCUGUGGAGGAUCCUUGGUGAACGCCAGAUGGGUGAUCAGCACGAAGCAGUGUUUCUCCUCCUGCUACGUGGACCUGCCCGGGUACUCGGCCAGGAUGGGAACUCUGUAUCGUGAUCCACAAGUAGGAGAGCCCGCCGCGCAGACCAUCCCUCUGACCAAGAUCGUCUGCGGCCCCUCGGAGUCCCAGCUGGUCAUGCUGCAACUGGAACACCCGGCCCAGUUUAAUGAGCGUGUCUCUCAGAUCUGCCUCCCUCCUGAGCGUUACAUUGUAGCCGAGGGGACAAGAUGUGAGAUCGCAGGAUGGGGUGAAACCAGAGGGACUGGAGAUGAGACCGUCCUCAACGUGGCCCACAUAUCAGUUUUGAGUAACACGAAUUGCAACCUGUACUUCAGAGGUCGUGUUCGUGAGAAUGAGAUGUGCACGAGCUCUUUCCAGGGCGGGGUGGGAGCCUGCGAGAGAGACUACGGCGGUCCUCUGGCCUGUCAGAACAGUGAGUGCUGGGUGCUGGAGGGCGUCAUCAUCCCCAUGAGGCGCUGCGGACACCCGGGACAGCCCAACAUCUUCAUCCGCGUCUCCGUCUACGUGGACUGGAUCAAGAAGGUCAUGGAGAUGGCUUAGAGACGGAGACAGUGGCGGUUCUAGACCAGUUUUACUGUGUGGAUCAGUGUUUAAUCAGAGGGGCACAUUAACAAAUGAAAAAGAUGAUAUUUAAGCAUUCAAACCCUUUUAUUUGAGCUUAUUUAAAAAUGUAAUUUAAUUAUAUUUGGACGAUACAUAUACACUGAUUGAAAUAAUGAGACUAACCAACAAUAUCAAUUAUUUUUGUACGACAAUUCUCAUUUUUAUGCACAAUUACUUUCGGUAACGCUUUAUAAUAAGGUCCUUAAUAACCAUUAAUUAACAAGUAAUAAGGCAUUGUUCUCGCUUUAGAUCCGGUAGUUGCAAAAAGCAUAGUUAACUUAUAGUUAACUUAUAAUAGAUGAGCAAUAAAGUAUAUUUUAAUGUCAAUAAGCAAACAAAAUAAGAUUAAUAAAGGCAUGGCAAAGACAUAAUGGGUGGGUCAUGGGUGUUUGUAAUGCUAUUAUUAACACUUAUAUAAGCUUAUAAACACACAAUAAGGUUAAUAAGCAUCUUGUAAGGACUUACAAGGGCCUUAUUACUUGUUUAUUAAUGUUAUUAUAAGGACCUUAAUAUAAAGCGUUACCUUACUUUCUUUUAUUUUGAAAGCUUUUAUUGCACAAUUAAACUAUU